CGGGUAGAGUUUUGCAUCAUCAUCAUCUUUCUUCUAAUCUAAUAAUUAAUUUAAAAAAAAAAAAUGGCGUCGUCGGAUACAGAGACGUUUGCAUUCCAAGCGGAGAUCAAUCAGCUUUUGAGUCUGAUUAUCAACACUUUUUACAGCAACAAAGAGAUCUUCCUUCGUGAGCUUGUUAGCAACGCUUCCGAUGCUUUGGAUAAAAUUCGUUUUGAGAGCUUGACUGAUAAGAGCAAGCUAGAUGCUCAACCUGAGCUCUUUAUCCACAUCAUUCCUGAUAAAACCAACAACACGUUGACCAUCAUCGACAGUGGAAUUGGAAUGACAAAAGCAGAUCUGGUGAAUAAUUUGGGAACCAUUGCUCGAUCUGGUACCAAAGAAUUCAUGGAAGCUCUUGCUGCUGGUGCUGAUGUUAGCAUGAUUGGACAAUUUGGUGUUGGGUUCUACUCGGCUUAUUUGGUUGCUGAGAAAGUCAUUGUUACCACAAAACACAAUGAUGAUGAGCAGUAUGUUUGGGAGUCACAAGCUGGUGGCUCAUUCACCAUCACUCGUGAUGAAAGUGAGCCUCUUGGCAGGGGUACAAAAAUUACCCUUUACCUCAAGGAGGACCAGCUUGAGUAUCUAGAGGAACGCAGACUCAAGGAUCUGAUCAAGAAGCAUUCCGAGUUCAUUAGUUACCCAAUCUCUCUUUGGGUUGAGAAGACAACUGAGAAGGAGAUUUCUGAUGAUGAGGACGAGGAAGAGAAGAAAGAUGAGGAAGGCAAAGUCGAGGAGGUUGAUGAAGAAAAGGAGAAGGAUGAAAAGAAAAAGAAGACUAUCAAGGAAGUGUCACAUGAGUGGGAUUUAAUGAACAAACAAAAACCCAUCUGGAUGAGGAAACCAGAGGAGAUCUCCAAGGAAGAAUAUGCUGCUUUCUACAAGAGCCUCACAAACGAUUGGGAGGAGCACUUGAAUGUAAAGCACUUCUCAGUUGAAGGGCAGCUGGAGUUCAAGGCUGUUCUUUUUGUUCCCAAAAGAGCCCCUUUUGACCUCUUUGACUCAAAGAAGAAGCCCAACAACAUCAAGCUUUAUGUUCGCCGUGUCUUCAUUAUGGACAACUGUGAGGAUAUUAUUCCAGAAUAUCUUGGAUUCGUCAAGGGUAUUGUUGAUUCUGAAGAUCUUCCUCUUAACAUCUCAAGAGAAAUGUUGCAACAGAACAAGAUCCUCAAGGUUAUCCGCAAGAAUUUGGUGAAGAAGUGCAUUGAACUCUUCCAAGAGAUUGCAGAAAACAAGGAAGACUAUGCAAAGUUCUAUGAAGCAUUCUCAAAGAAUCUCAAGCUUGGUAUCAAUGAAGAUUCUACAAACAGGACUAAACUGGCUGAGUUACUUCGAUACCACUCCACCAAGAGUGGUGAUGAACAAACCAGCUUGAAAGACUAUGUUACAAGAAUGAAAGAUGGCCAGAACGACAUUUACUAUAUUACUGGUGAGAGCAAGAAGGCUGUAGAGAACUCCCCAUUCCUUGAGAAGUUGAAGAAGAAGGGAUAUGAGGUCUUGUACAUGGUUGAUGCCAUUGAUGAGUAUGCUGUGGGCCAGCUGAAGGAGUUUGAAGGAAAGAAGCUUGUUUCUGCCACUAAGGAAGGUCUAAAGCUUGAGGAAACCGAAGAUGAGAAGAAAAAGCAAGAUUCUUUGAAGGAGAAGUUUGAGGGUUUGUGUAAGGUGAUUAAGGAUGUAUUGGGUGACAAGGUUGAGAAGGUGGUUGUUUCUGACCGUGUGGUUGACUCACCUUGCUGUUUGGUUACUGGAGAGUAUGGAUGGACCGCCAACAUGGAAAGAAUCAUGAAGGCACAAGCAUUGAGGGAUGCCAGCAUGGCUGGAUACAUGUCCAGUAAGAAGACCAUGGAGAUCAACCCUGAGAACUCUAUUAUGGAGGAGCUGAGGAAGAGGGCUGAUGCAGACAAGAAUGACAAGUCUGUCAAGGACUUGGUGCUGUUGCUGUUCGAGACUGCUUUGUUGACUUCUGGAUUCAGCCUUGAUGAACCAAACACCUUCGGUAACAGGAUUCACAGGAUGUUGAAACUUGGUCUGAGCAUCGAUGAAGAUGCAGGUGAGGAUGCUGACAUCCCUGCUCUUGAAGAGGCUGAUGUUGAUGCUGAUGGCAGCAAGAUGGAGGAAGUCGACUAAUUCUAACAAGUGUGAAGAUCCCUUCUGCAUUGCUUAUUAACUAUGUUAUUUUUGCCUCCCUAGUUUGGAGAACAACUCUGUCUUUUAAAGUAGUAUGCUUUUGGUUCAGUACGAGAACUUUUACCUUUGUGUUGA